ACAUGCUCGUUUGCAUGUGUUAUUUUGCACACCAUUUUAGUUUUUGUUUUAUAAGUGAAAUUUGUAAUGAUGUCUGAUGUACCAGACCUUAGUAGUGACGAGGAAAACUAUGAAGAGGAUGAUUGGCAAGAGAUGGAGACUUGUAAUACAAUGUUAACCUGUUUAUUUUGCACUGAUGUCUUUCCUUCUGUCGACGCAGGUUUUAAACACUGCGAAAUAGCGCAUAAGUUUAAUUUAAACAGUUUAAAAUUGAAGCAUAAUAUGGACUGUUACUCGUACAUCAAAAUGAUUAAUUUCAUUAAAACCCAUAAACCCACCUCUGAGGAAAUCAUGAGUAUGUCAGAGGCUCCUUGGGAUGAUGAAGCGUUUUUAAAACCUGCAGAAAAUGAUGAGUGGCUUAUGUUUGACUUCGAAUCAUUGACGGAUAAACCCAGUUCUCCUAAAAUUUAUCAUGCCAAUGUAGAAAAUGGACUGGUCACACUGUCGCAAACACACUUCAUAGAACUUCAGCGCACAAUUCAAACUUUAACUGCUCAAGUUAAUGAGAGUCAAACACAUCUUCAAAUGGCAAAAGAGGAUAUUAAAAAAAUGCAAGAUUCUAUGAAGAAUAUAAUUGAAGGUGGGCACUCAAAUAGCAAUGGUGAGGAGAGUAAUUACAUAGUUAACUGUGUAUCUAAAGUGCCCCUAGAAGAUGACGAAGGAUACUUUAAUACAUAUGCCCAUUUUGGUAUUCAUUAUGAUAUGUUAUCAGACAAGGUCCGAACUGAAAGUUACAGAGAUGCUAUCUUAAAUAACAAAGAUACAAUAAAAGACAAGACAGUAUUAGAUCUGGGAUGUGGUACAGGGAUACUUUCAAUGUUUUCUGCUACUGCUGGGGCUAAAGCAGUCUAUGCAUUGGAUCAAUCAGAGAUAAUAUACCAUGCAAUGGAUAUUAUAACAGAAAACAAUUUACAGAGUGUUAUCAAAACAAUCAAAGGCAGAUUAGAAAAUACAAAUUUAGAUGAAAAAGUUGAUAUUAUUGUAUCCGAGUGGAUGGGUUAUUUUUUACUUUUUGAAGGUAUGCUAGACAGUGUAAUUUAUGCAAGAGACAAAUGUCUCAAACCUGGAGGGAUAUUGUUACCAAAUAGAUGUAACAUAAGUCUCACCGCUUGUGGUGAUAUUGACAAACACAACAACUUAAUAAACUUUUGGUCUGAUGUUUAUGGUUAUAAAAUGAACUGUAUGAAGUCUGAAGUGGUCAGAGAAGCAAGUGUUGAUGUUGUUAAUUCUAAGCAUAUUAUAUCGGAUGCCUUUAUUAUAAAAGAAAUUGAUAUUAUGACUUGUGAUAUAAGUACCAUGGACUUUACAUCUGACUUUCAGCUUAUUAUUACUAAGGAUAGCAAAUUGACAUCACUUGUUGGUUAUUUUGACACUUUCUUUGAUCUUCCCAACAAAGUGUCGUUUUCCACUGGACCUGGAUCCACAACCACACAUUGGAAGCAAACUAUAUUUUACUUUAGAGAUUGUAAAGAAGUGAAACAAGGAGAUAUCAUAAAAGGCACUAUCACCUGUAACAGACAAAAAUCUGAUGUAAGGGCACUAGAAGUGCAAAUUAAUAUAUUUGGGAAGAACCACAAGUAUAUUCUUAGUUAAUAUAUGAAAAAAUUGUGUGUAAGUGAAAUAUGUGAUUUGUCUAAAUUUAAAGGGUAUAACAAAAACAUGCAUUUUAAUUCUAGUACAUUCUGAAUUUUGGAUAUGCUUAUUUUAAAAUAAACUAAGAGAUUUAAUCAAAACUAAAAAGAAAUGUUCUUUCUGAAUAGUUUUUACUAUAAUACAUAAUUGACGUCCACAAUUAUUAUAAUGUUUAUAUUCAGCGACUAUAAAUGAGAACGAAAUUUUUAGGAAGUACAAAUAUGUUGUUUGUUCCUUAGAUUCUGUUCUAAUUUUAUUAUUAAUGAAAUCAAAAUAUUUUUUUACUUUUUUCCAAUAUUCAAUUAUACUGUUGGAUGAGUGUAAUGUGGUAAUAAUGUAUGUUGUGUAAAACAAAACAUUAAAUCUAUAACUGUAGAUUUUAUUGUUAGUUAUAAUCUUUUGUGCAACAUGUUGUACAAAUUUUAUUGUACACACAGCAGCUCAUUAGGUUAUCAAAAAUGAUAUAUCUUUACAAUAUUGAUCCUUAAUUUAUCAUAUUAAAUCACAAAAUCAAUUGACAGAUUUUGAAUAACCUGAUGUGUUGUUGAUUGUGAUCUCUCUUCAUUUGUAUGUAUUAUAUUGCUCAGCUAAAUAUUCUAUUGGAUGCAGCUGUACAGGUGUAAAGGAUUGAGAUGCUGAUUUGCUUAUUGCAAAAUGUUUAUGGUGUAUAAUAAUAUGACCUAAAUACCUGUAAAUAAAACGCAUUUUCUAC